AGACUUGCAGAGGCAGAAACGCAGCUCUUCACUUUCUUUCCUGGUCUUUUCUCCCUUUUGUAAGCUCUGUGGAAAGAUUCAGGAUAGCGCUUUAUUCAGCAUGUUUUCCAGUGAAAUAGCAUUCAUCCAUGGGAAAGAGAAGGACUGAGAAAAUCCGACAUCUCUUGAUCACUGGGACAGAAUAUGGAAAUGUCACUGGUUUUCUUCUCUCACUUAAAUAUGUGUGAAUCCAAAGAGAAAACUUUUUUCAAACUAAUGCACGGGUCAGGAAAAGAAGAAACAAACAUCGAGGCCAAAAUCAGAGCUAAAGAAAAAAGGAAUAGACUAAGUCUUCUCCUACAGAGGCCUGACUUCCAUGGAGAGACUCACACCAGUAGAUCUGCCCUGUUGGCCAAAGAAACAAGAGUCUCCUCUGAAGAAGCACUGAAAUGGGCUGAAUCAUUUGACAAACUGCUUUCUCAUAGAGAUGGAGUAGAUGCAUUUACCAGAUUUCUUAAAACUGAAUUCAGUGAAGAAAACAUUGAAUUUUGGGUUGCCUGUGAAGACUUCAAGAAAUGCACGGAACCUCAACAACUCAUCCUAAAAGCAAAAUCAAUAUAUGAGAAAUUCAUUAAAAAUGAUGCCCCUAAAGAGGUUAACCUUGAUUUUCAUACUAAAGAAGUAAUUACUAAGAGCAUCGCCCAGCCCACUCUCCACAGUUUUGAUGCAGCACAAAGCAGAGUGUGUCAGCUCAUGGAACACGACAGUUAUAAACGCUUUCUGAAAUCCGAGAUCUACUUACAUUUGAUAGAGGGAAGACCUCAGAGACCAACAAAUCUUAGGAGGCGAUCGCGAUCCUUUACCUACAAUGAGUUCCAAGACGUAAAAUCAGAUGUUGCCAUUUGGUUAUGAGUAAAAGUCAUUUUUUUUCUUUUGAUAAUACAUGUGUACAUCUGCUUCUAAAAAUAUAGCAUGUGUAUAGUACGAAAUGAUUUCACUUUUAAAAUACACCAGGCAGAAGUAUUUUAAAUGUAAGAACCUUUAUAUUAUACUAAAAUAAUUCAUCGUCUAUUUUCCCAUAUAUUUGAUGAAAAUCAUAUCUUCUAUAUUAUUCAUAAUAAAAAUCUUUAUUUCUACAAUAGAUGUCAGUAAGAAGAAGCUUUGUAAAUUGUUAAAGUAAAAUGAAAACUCUGCAGUAAUGUCACGUCUAGUUUGGAUUAUAUUUCUAAGCAAAAACAAUGUAUUUAGAUAAGUAUAUAAAUACAGAUGAUAUUUGACAUCAUGAAGGAUUGGGGCAUACAGAGACGACCCAUCUCUUUUAUAACAGGGAAGGAUGGAUAUUUAUUGUUGCAUACUCAUUCUGACUCCAGAUUAGCUGUUGGUCACUUCCAUUUUUAAGCAAGCCAAAAGAUGUGUUAUAAAGAUGUAUUUCUCUCUACAUAUUAAAUGGGACUGUCUUAACCCAGGUAUGUAUCUGAGACUUCACUCUGCAGUCAGAUGUACCCUGAGGAACAAUUCCCCAUUAGAGAGAGCAACACUCCUGUUCACACCCGCAUGCUCAUGCUAAUGAUCUCCAAUAUCUGCAGAGUGGGCCACCUUCUAUCUCAAUAAGUGACUGAGCCACAUUAAAAUAACACCAAUCAGUGCUUGAAUGAUGAUGACGAUGGCAUACUUCCACACAAGCAUUUAUGUCUCACAUUUGGAAUUUUAAAGUUGGUGUAGAAGUCCAAACAGAGAGAUAGUGAAAAGUAAAAUCCACAAAUUUGACAACAUUGACAUCAUCCAACCCUGUUCUCUCAUUACGUUCUUUCAAUUCUUGCCUAAUACUAUAUUAUACAGUAAGGUUAUACUAAUAAAUAAACUCUAUUUUACAAAAAUGUUUAAUUGCAAUGUGUUAUGCAGUCUAUAAAUGUUUGUAUUAAAGAUGAAAUGCUUUCAAAUUAAUAAAUGCUCUUGUCUUCAUAGAAGUGUAUAACAAAUUUAACAUCUAUCAUAAUAAAGUGUUAAAACUUAA